AUGAUGAUGAUCGUUGCGGCAUUCUUUUUCCUAUUGCUCUCGCCUUUUGUUUCCCGUUGUUUAUCUGCAGACAUAGAGUCAGACAAGCAAGCGCUGCUCGAGUUUGCAUCUCUCGUUCCUCACAGCCGCAAGCUCAACUGGAACACCACAAAUCCAGUCUGCACUUCUUGGACCGGCAUCACCUGCUCCAAGAACAACGCCCGUGUAACCGCACUCCGUUUGCCUGGCUCUGGACUCUUUGGACCUUUACCAGAGAAGACAUUUGAGAAGCUCGAUGCCCUCAGGAUCAUUAGCCUGCGAUCCAACUACCUUCAGGGGAACAUUCCAUCUGCCAUUCUCUCUCUUCCUUUCAUCCGUUCCAUCUACUUUCAUGACAAUAACUUCUCUGGUACUAUCCCUCCCACUCUCUCUCAUCGCCUUGUGAAUCUUGAUCUCUCUGCCAACUCGCUAUCGGGUGACAUUCCCUCGAGUCUACGAAACCUUACUCACCUCACAGACCUCAGCCUACAAAACAAUUCUCUCAGUGGGACAAUCCCUGACCUCCCUUCUAGCUUAACAUACUUGAAUGUGAGCUUUAAUAACCUUAACGGCUCGGUUCCAUCUUCUGUCAAGUCCUUCCCUGCAUCCUCCUUUCAAGGUAAUAGCCUUUUAUGCGGAGGUCCUCUAACUCCAUGCCUAAAGAACACCACUGCACCAUCACCAUCACCAUCACCUUCCACGACUCCACCAGCCAAAACUCCUGGUAAAACCAAAAAAGUUCUCUCCACUGGAGCUAUUGUCGGCAUUGCAGUUGGAGGUUCGGUUCUGCUGUUUAUCAUUCUUGCCAUCAUAACCCUUUGCUGUGCCAAGAAAAGAGACGGCGGGCAAGACAGCACCGCAGUGCCAAAAGCUAAACCCGGGAGGAGUGACAACAAGGCUGAGGAGUUUGGGAGUGGAGUGCAGGAAGCGGAGAAGAACAAGCUGGUCUUCUUUGAAGGAAGUUCAUAUAACUUUGAUCUUGAGGACUUGCUCAGAGCCUCUGCUGAAGUUUUAGGGAAAGGAAGCUACGGCACAACGUAUAAGGCCAUCUUAGAGGAAGGAACCACGGUGGUGGUGAAGAGGCUGAAAGAAGUAGCAGCUGGGAAACGGGAGUUCGAGCAGCAGAUGGAAGCCGUGGGAAGAAUCAGCCCACACGAGAAUGUAGCUCCUCUCCGUGCUUAUUACUUCUCAAAAGACGAGAAGCUGCUCGUGUAUGAUUACUACCAAGGAGGAAACUUCUCCAUGCUUCUUCAUGGCAACAACGAGGGAGGAAGAGGGGCGUUGAACUGGGAAACAAGGUUGAAAAUCUGUUUGGGAGCUGCAAAAGGAAUUGCUCACAUCCACUCUGCAUCUGGUGCUAAGCUCCUUCACGGAAACAUCAAAUCACCUAACGUCCUCUUAACCCCAGAACUACAUGUCUGUGUCUCUGAUUUCGGUAUAGCUCCGUUGAUGAGCCACCACACCUUGCUCCCAUCAAGAAGCUUAGGGUACAGAGCACCAGAGGCCAUAGAGACCAAGAAACAUACUCAGAAAUCCGACGUGUACAGCUUCGGUGUGCUGUUGCUGGAGAUGCUGACAGGGAAAGCAGCCGGGAAGACGACAGGGCAUGAGGAAGUGGUGGAUCUGCCCAAGUGGGUGCAGUCGGUGGUGAGAGAGGAGUGGACUGGAGAAGUGUUUGACGUAGAGCUGAUCAAGCAGCAGCACAACGUCGAGGAGGAGAUGGUGCAGAUGUUGCAGAUAGCAAUGGCUUGUGUGUCUAAGCAUCCAGAUUCUAGGCCUUCCAUGGAGGAAGUUGUUAACAUGAUGGAGGAGAUUCGACCUUCUACAGGUUCUGGUCCUGGUUCUGCUAACAGAGCCUCUUCGCCGGAGAUGAUCAGAAGCUCUGAUAGUCCGGUUUAG